AUGUCAGUCAUUGGCGAUGUACUGAAAGGCCGUGUCAAGAAGCAGCUACCAGGGAUGGUGAUCGGAAGCAAGUCAAGAGAGGAGAAGGGGAAGGACCGGGGCGGGCAGGAAGGGGACGCCGAGGCGCCGCGGCCCGGCGGCGUGGCAGGUGCGGCCCGCGGACGGCAGGGUCCUGCCAGCUGGGCCCGCGGAGGGCACGGCGCGGUGGCGGGCGACCGGGGGCUGGGGCUCCGGGCCUCGCCAGCGGCGGGGAGGGGCGGACGCGGUCCUGCGGGCCGCGCCGAGGGUGUGACGCGGGAGGGCGGGCUGCCGGCGGGUCGCUCCGCGCCGGGCCUGAGCGCGCGCGGCCGCACUCACCUGCCCCGCGGGCCCGGGGUGGCGGCGGCUCCUCGGAGGCCCGGGCGGGGCGCGGGCGGAGGCGAAGCCCGGGCGGCCUGGGGCGGGCCGCACGCACAUGAGCCCGGCCCGGAGCGCGGCGCCUUCGGACACGGGCGCGGCCGCCGCGGCUCAGGACCGCCUCCGGGCCGCGGGCGCCGCUGCGGUCGCUCCAAGAUGGCGGCGGCGAGCGCGCUCCGGGGCGGGGCCUCGCUCGGGCGCGCGCGCUACUGGGGCGGGGCCGCGCCGGGGGGCGGGGCCCGGGGCGGAGACGUCGGGCGUGGUUUCUACGAACGGGGCGUGGUUCCUGGCGGCGGAUGA